AUGGAUACCGAUUCUCAUCUUCUACGACUCCCCGAAGUGCCAAUGAAGAAAAUUCUGGAUUACUGUAGUUAUCUUGACAUACAGCGCCUCCGAAGCACCUGUCACCAUCUGCAAAGUUCCUUGGACCCUUCCAUGACAACUAUCUCCAUUACCACGUAUCCCGGAGAGCUGGAACUUUGUCUGAAUUCCAAAAACCAUCGUCAGGAGACUUUAAUCUUUCAUUUCAAGAAUAUGGAGAAUGGGUGUGCUGCCAAGAUGAUUGUGAAGAGGAAUAAUAGAAGGAAGAGAGUCAAGAAAUUUCUGAAACAGGUGGAUUAUUUGGAUGCGUUGUGUGCGGAUCUCAGAAUAUUCUUGAACCGCCAGCGUGGUAUCCUGGAAAAAUUCGAGUUGUCACAGGUGGAGCUGGAGGUUUUUGAGAAGCUCCUGCAUAUCUUCCCUUCCCUACCACUCAAAGUCCACGAAAUCCGUCUCAUCGCCCUUUCCGCUUCACAAAUCCUGCCAAUUCUCCUAUUUUUUGACGCAAAGCAUCUAAAAACCAUGAUGAUCUUGACCAGCAACCCAUCUGACAACUUUAUCGACGCAAUUUUCGAUACGGAGCAGUGGAAGAACAUCAGAAUCUGUGAAGUUACGGACUUUCGGAUCAUGGAUCUCAAACGGAUUUCUCAUUUUGAGAAUUUCAAUGGGAUGGUGAAGAGUGUCACGGUAGAGGAUGUUGAGUACUUGAAAGAAACAUUCCUCCACUCUCCAAACUUCAAAAAAUGCAAACUAAUGUACGACCAUAAUUCUGAUGACUGGAUCACCACACUACCCCCUGAGCCUCUAAUCUCCCAGAACCGUCACGGACACACUCUGAAACGUUGGUAUUUCCGCUGUCUGCAUAAUGAAGAGAAAGUUUUGACAUUGGAAUGGAAUAGCGUGAAAUGUAUAACUUUCGAAGUUGUGAAAAUUUCUGAGGUACCUUCUAAUGCUGUCCUUAGAGAAGUUAUCUGUUGA